AUGGUUGAAACUGUCUUAUCGUUUCAUCAAUAUGGUACCGAUGAUUCUUCGGAUAUACCGGGUUACACCGAGACUCCAUCAUCAACCUCAAAGUAUUCGAAAACUGUUCCUCCCCUGCGAUUUCAUAAACCAUCAUCACAGCAAGAACUAUCUCAAGGAAAUUCAUCAGCUAGAAGAAAUAACGAUAAUGUCAUUUCAACCCCGAAAUCCUCAUCAAGAGAUCGGUACAUGAAAAACACCCCUUCUAACGAUGCAGCAAAAAUUCUUCCUUCCCCAAACAAAAAUUCUUCAUCACGCUCUUUAAAAAACCUGUCUGGGAUCGACGAUAACAACUCUAAAGAUGUAUCAUCAACUCCGUCCAAAUUAAACCACUCAAGAAAACAAUCAUUGGCUUCACUACGCCAAUUGGAGACCUCUCUUUCUAACAAGGCUCUCGAAAAACCAAAUAACACACCACGUUCCUCAAGGAUAAGCUCAACUUCCGCUCAGCAAACAGGAAAACCAUCGUCAUUUCAUAACACUGUUAAUUUGCCACCCGUCAUCAACAACUCCAAAAUUUCAGCUUCAAACAAUAAUCAACAAAAUUCCGUCAUACGAUCGUCAUCCUCCAAACGUGUCUCUUCCAAAUCCUCUAAUUUCAACACUUACACACCACAAUCAUCUUCUUCCACUACCUCCAGUUCUAGCAAUAAUAGUCUAGGACAACUUGUAAAACCUGCCAUUCCUUACUCAGCCAACUCCAACGACGCUACCUCUCCCUCUAAUUUAUCUACAAAUAAUAAUAUUUCUGUAAACAACAACUCCGAGAAUAGCAAGGGACUAAACUUUUCUCUUAACCUCAAGAAUGUAAUACCUGUCAUACCACUAACUUUACCUGAUAAAACAACAACAGUGAUUGACAAAUCGAUACUGACAAACAAUGUAUCACAAAGAACGCCAAAACAAAAAUCCGAGAAUAACAAAAUUGAUAGUAAUGUCCAAACACAAAAAAGCACAAGCAAUGAAACGCCGACCGUACUUUCAUCACGAAAAGAACUUUCAAAUGUAGUGGUCGCCAAAAGCUCUUCUUUACCCAAUAGUUCAAGAAGGAAAAAAGGAAAUAGCUCACAACAAAAAUCGCCACUAGGUACAAAUAUUAUUUUGCUUUCGCAUGAUUUCGGACUCGAAAUGGAUUAUUCGAAUCGUUCAAAUGAAAUGGACAAUGUUGAGGAGGAAGAUGGUUCGCCCGAUGACUCGUCUAUUGAAGUUCUGACAGUUCGUUCUGCGGUCGAAGAUGUGUUUCACAAAACCCACAGUAAUUCUCAGACUCCUAGACUGGGUAAGCAAGGCUCCCAAAGUUCACUUCAAGGCUCCAAUUCUUCCUCUCGAUCAAAACAAAGCAAUGCGAGUUCAUAUGACCAUGAGGAUGACGUUCGAACCUUUAGUGAAAAGGAAUUGCGGAUUCUUCAACAAAGCUUUUCCAAGAAAUCGGAGAAUAAUCAUGUGGCUAAUACUAACGAUGAAGAUCAUGAACAGUGUAGUUUUUGGGAACAAGUUGAAAUAGACCAUUUUUCUCUGUUAAGUGACAGUGAAAGGAUGUAUACUCUUUUUUCAAUGUGGAUACAAGAAGAGCAAGAGGAAGAAAUUAAGGAGGUUUACAAGCUUCAAUAUUUUGAUGAAAGAAUGGAAGAAAAGGGAAAUUUUGAGUUUCCACAUUUUCAAACCUAUUUGCGUGAUGAGUUAAGCAAACUGAAAAAAGCAUCAUCCAUUAUUUAUGAAGAAGCGUUUGUACAAGUUGUAGACUAUUUCAUUUCUUUAAUUGCACCCAGACAUGAUCAAUUUUCAACGUCGACAAGAGUGAACAAUUUACUGUUCGUGUGGCAGGAGUUCAUUUCUCUUGAAUUUUUUGAUUAUUUGGAUAUUAAGCGAAUAGGAAGUAUAUCAAAAGAGUCUGUAUUCAUGAUUUUAUGCUUGAUAUCAGCCCAAUGCAAACGAAAUUUAUGUCUUUUUCUUGAAAUAUUUGGAGAAACAAUUUUUGAGUUGUGUCGCUCUUCCUCAAAUAGCUCCACAAGUCGAAACUUGAAACGUUCUUCGGCCCAACAAAAGGUGACAAGCGUUCAUGAAGCGAGAAAAUUGUCGUUCAUGUGCGGUAUUGAUGAUAUUCAGUUCACAAAAGCUCUUAUUCGAUACAAUUAUCAAGAUUUAGAAUGGCUCGACUUGGAAAUGUUUUUAAAAGUUUAUCGGCAUAUCUUUCAAAAAUUUGACAAAGGAACACUUCUUGAGAAGGAAUACUUUGUUCCUCCCAUGAUUUCUCCCUCAACCGACCGUACAACAGCUCCUCCAAUAUCCGCAAGAAAAGCAGUUGGAGGAAGUAGCGAGAGCGCCAGUAGCAAUCGAAGUGGUUUCCAUCAUAUUAAUGCAGUUGCAAUAGCUUCAACUACCAACACUGGUUCAACAAAUAGUAACAACAACAGUGCCCAUCAUCAAUCUUUUGAAGGAUCGGUAACAGCUCUUCAUAUGGACAUUAAUUCCUCCUCUUCUGUGGUCAUAGAGACCUCAUCAUUGCUCUCUGAAAUGAGCCAUCCUCACCCAAAUUCGAUCUCUCCCUCCAGUCAGGAAGUUUUCAACAAAGCUCAAUCAACUCAACAACAGCCGGCAGGCUCGUCUUCAUUUGUUCAGAACGCCCUAGCGCUCUUAGCAUCCUCAAGUGUGACACCUCUUUCAGAAACUCCUCAUCACCAAGAGAUGGAUGAAAACAAUGUCUACAAUCCUCCUUCAUCAGGCCGUACACCAAAACAAAUCUACAGUAGCUCCAAAAAAAUUGCCUUCCCACUUAGAGGACUUUCACAAACUCAACUGGUUGACACUCUUGCUGAGAGUAGUCAUCAUCAAAACAAAGCAACAUCAAUAACAAAUAGCACACAUAAUCAUGGAAAGCCAUUCCCUUCCAAGCAAGACGAAACGCCCUAUUUCAUUGAAGAAGAAAGCACUAAGAAGCAAGUACCGUUUGUGAGUGACGAUAAAUUUCUCGAAGAAACGAAAGAAAAAGUCUUUAUGCCAGCCCAUCACCACCAUAAUUCUGAGAAACACGAAUGCUCAAAUUCAAAAUCUUCAGGCAAACACAACAAGUACCUUGUCAAUGCUAUGGAUGGCGGUGAUCUCUCUCAAUCAGGCCGGCACAUGAAAGCAAAGAUUUCCUCAUCAUCGACGAAUCAUGAAAAGAAAGAUAGUUCAAGAAAAAAGAGGUGGAAAUGUUGUAUCAUGUAA